AUGACACGAGUAAAGAAGCCGAAACGGACCGGAUCGAUCCUUCUGUCUCGACAUCGUAACGCCGGGACUAAGGACAGCGUGCUUCCCGUGCCUCACGCCCACCCCGUUACCACGUCAGCCUUAUCGUCCAAGACCGGAAGGACUGUUAUACGAAAACACCAUACUCUACACAAAAGGCUUUCCCAAGCUUUGAAAAAAAAUGACGUCGAUACAGCGGCGGCUAUACAGGCAGAGAUCGAAGCAAACGGUGGAUUAGAAAAAUACCAACAAGCAAGUAUUUGUGGUCAGUCGAGCCAGCGGGGAGGUGAUUCAUCGAAAAUUUUUAUUGAGUGGAUCGGGGAAACUCGGCGAUCAUCAAAGUUAAAGUCGGGCAAAGCCGACAAUACGACUGGCCAUGUCGGAGGGCAAAGAUUCAGACUCCUUGAAGUGGGAGCUUUGAGUCCGGAUAAUGCUUGCUCCAAGUCGUCCAUGUUUGAUGUGAAGCGGAUUGAUCUUAACUCUCGACAUCCGAGUAUUGAGACACAAGACUUCAUGGAACGUCCUCUUCCUAAGGACGAUAGCGAGCGGUUCGAUACCAUCUCACUGUCUCUGGUUCUGAACUACGUGCCUUUGCCGGCUGCAAGAGGAGAAAUGCUUCGACGGACGACAAAAUUUCUUCGAGACGUAUCUUUAGCCCAGGAUGAUUCUCCGAUUUCAGAGUUAUUUCCAUCUCUUUUCUUAGUACUUCCAGCCCCUUGCAUCACAAACUCGAGGUAUCUCGACGAGGACCUCCUUGUAGAAAUUAUGAAUAGCCUUGGUUACACUCUCGUGUGUUCGAAACUGAGCGCUAAACUGAGUUAUCAGCUGUGGCGUUUGAUGAGGAAAGAGUUAACGCAAGUCUCAGGGUUAGAGAAAAAGAAAGAAGUGAAUCCUGGCAAGACACGAAAUAACUUCGCAAUCUUAUUGGAUUAG